AGUGAACGAAUUGGAGGCUUCUUCUACAUGGUUUUUGCAUCUAGUAGGUGUUUAAUAAAUACAUCUGAAUGUAAAUAACCUAAAGUUCUCAACACCCAAGGCCUGAAAAUCACCAAAGUGAAAGCAACAGCUCAUCACCGACCAAACAAAACCAAGGCUCCCCGCGUCCGUUCAAUUUCCCCUCCCAUUUCCCUUUACUGGAGGGUGGCUAAAAUUUUAAGACUUUUUUUUGCAACGGUCUUGCCCCUUGUGAAGGGCCCUCUAAACAACGUCUGAUGCAGAAGCGAGCGACUUCAGCAAUUAGUUUCCGCCCCCUUUCCUGUUUGUUGGCACUUACUGACUCCCGCUGUUUCAAUUUUGAAGUCUACCCUCACGAAUGCUAAACAAAGGGACUGAAGUGACCUCUUGAACACAACCAAGGCCUGGCCUUUUGCCCUGGCACACACAGCCCGCCUCCCCUCUACGGCGUGUCUCCUCCGCAGCCCGAGGGGGCCGAGCCCAGCCCGACCCCGGGAGGAGAUGAGGGCCCGCCCGAGACGGUGCGAGCCAGGGGCAAGGAUGCGCCGCUAACCGGAGGCCGCCCCCCGAGCACAGCCCAAAGCUGCCAGCGUGGGGAAGAAGCAGGGACUAAGACAAACGGCUUCCGCGACCUCGGCGACCACUCACCCAUUGGCCGCUUGCAGGUUUCCCCGAAGAAGCUCCGGGAUCAGCCGCCGGCAGCGCCCGGACAUCCGGGCCACAGCCGCCUCGGCGGCUCCGCCUCCUGGUAACCCGGGCGACCACGUGAAGCCCCGCCCCCUCGCCCUUCCUGGUCUCUUCUCGGAGGCCCCGCCCCGGAGGCGGCCUCAAGUGCUGAAGCUCUCCCGCGGAGUAGGCGGGUGGGCUGGAGGCUCGAAGAGCGCACGGCGGGGAGGUGGUCGCGUUCCCGGACGCAGGCGAUGGAGAGGGCGCUGGCGCUGCCGCGGCUGCCCCCGCACGACCCGGGGACGCCGGCGCUGUCGGUGGUGGACAUGCACACGGGCGGCGAGCCCCUGCGCAUCGUGCUGGCUGGGUGUCCGGAAGUGGUCGGCCCCACGCUGCUGGCCAAGCGGCGCUACAUGCGCCAGCACCUUGACCACCUGCGACGAAGGCUCAUGUUCGAGCCUCGGGGGCACCGGGACAUGUACGGGGCUGUGUUGGUGCCUAGCGAGUUGCCGGACGCGCACCUGGGCGUCCUGUUCCUGCACAACGAGGGCUACAGCUCCAUGUGCGGCCAUGCAGUGCUGGCGCUGGGCCGCUUCGCCCUCGACUUCGGGCUGGUACCCGCACCCCCGGCCGGCGCCCGCGAGGCCCGCGUCAACAUCCACUGCCCGUGCGGGCUGGUGGCCGCCUUCGUGGAAUGCGAGGGCGGCCGCAGUCGCGGCCCGGUGCGCUUCCACAGCGUGCCAGCUUUCGCGCUGGCCACAGAUCUCUUAGUGGAUGUUCCUGGUCAUGGAAAGAUGGUGGUAGACAUUGCAUAUGGUGGAGCAUUUUAUGCAUUUGUUAGUGCUGAAAAGUUAGGACUUGACGUUUGUUCUGCAAAGACAAGGGACCUUGUGGAUGCAGCGAGUGCAGUGACGGAAGCAGUCAAAGCUCAGUUUAAAAUUAAUCAUCCUGAGAGUGAAGACCUUUCCUUUCUGUACGGAACUAUAUUAACAGAUGGAAAAGACACUUACAGCGAGGAGCCAACCGCCAACAUCUGCGUGUUUGCAGAUGAACAGGUGGACAGAAGUCCUACUGGCUCAGGAGUGACGGCCCGAAUUGCCUUACAGUACCACAAAGGGCUUCUAGAACUGAACCAGACCAGGGCCUUUAAAAGCAGUGCAACUGGCUCAGUAUUCAUGGGGAAGGCUGUGAGGGAAGCAAAAUGUGGGGAUUUUAAAGCUGUUAUAGUGGAAGUGUCUGGACAAGCCCAUUACACAGGUACAGCAAGUUUUAUAGUGGAAGAUGACGACCCACUGAAGGAUGGAUUCCUUCUCAUGUGACUUCAGUACUUUUCAGGGCUUUCUCUGAAUUAUGUGGAAAACGAUAUCUAAAUUGUACAACUUCUUUUCCUUCUAAAGCAGUAUGCUGUAACUAAAUAUAAUCAUUAUACCUCAUAUUUACACAUGUAAUUGGUAUAAAUGUCACCAUGUCUAACUUACAAAAUGCUAAAAAUUCAGAAUAUUUUUCUAGUUAUUAACAUAUCAUGUAAAAUUAAUAUCUUAGUCCUGUUACUUUUAAAAUGUUACUCUAUGCUACUUACUGUAAUAUUUUGUUUUAGAUGCUCUUUGAAUAAUAGCUUGAAUUGUA